CUUUUUUACCCAGUUUCAACUGAAACUUUGAGCAAUACGCAAUGAGCGCCAGCGACUGGGAGUCCAACGAAGAACUGCAAUACUUUCGGGAGUAUCUGCGCAUUCCUAGUGUGCAUCCCAAUCCGAACUAUGAACCGUGUGUAGAGUUUCUAAGACGUCAGGCGAAGCAGUUGGAGCUGCCGAUCAAGGUCUACUAUCCAGCCAAUGAGCACAACCCCGUGGUUGUCCUGACCUGGCAGGGUCUGGAGCCGGAACUUCCCAGCGUGCUGCUCAACUCCCAUAUGGAUGUGGUGCCCGUGUUCCCCGAGAACUGGACGCAUCCGCCUUUUGGGGCAGAGAUCGAUGAUGAGGGCCGCAUCUUUGCACGCGGCACGCAGGACAUGAAGUGCGUGGGGAUGCAAUAUCUGGCAGCCAUUCGUGCUCUAAAGAGGAAUGGUGCGAGGUUCAAGCGAACCAUUCACAUCUCCUUUGUGGCCGACGAAGAAAUGGGAGGAAGGCUGGCGAUGCGUCCAUUUGUGGAUUCCAAGGAGUUCCGUGCCCUGAAUGUGGGAUUUGGUUUAGACGAAGGUAUCGCCUCGCCCACGUCGGAGAUACCUGUGUUCUAUGCCGAGCGAACUGUGAGACGUGUGUUAUUUAAAAUAGGCGGCACUGCCGGACACGGUUCGCUCUUGUUGCCGAACACAGCCGGGGAAAAGUUGAGCUACAUUCUCGGCAAGAUGAUGGAGUUCCGCAAGGUCCAAUUUCAAAGGCUCGAAAGUAAUCCGGAGCUCUCAAUUGGCGAUGUGACGACCGUUAACCUGACCCGAGUGGAGGGUGGAGUACAGAGCAAUGUGGUGCCUCCGCAGCUGAUGGUCUGCUUUGACUGCCGCCUGGCGCUGGACAUUGACAUCCACGAGUUUGAUGCCAAUCUUCAUAAAUGGGCUGACGAGGCUGGCGGUGGAAUCGAGUUGGAGUAUGAGCAGAAGCGUGGACACAUUCCGCCCACUGCCACUGACGAAACAAAUCCCUUCUGGGUUGCCUUCAAGGAGGCGACAGAUCACCUUGGCCUGGAAAUCAAGCUACAGGUCUUUCCCGGCGGCACCGAUAGUCGAUAUCUGCGUAAUGCUGGUAUUUCGGCUUUGGGUUUCUCCCCCAUGAACCACACUCCGGUUCUUCUCCAUGACCACGACGAGUUCCUUCAUGCACAAACGUAUCUUAAGGGGGUGCAGAUAUAUGAGAAAAUAAUAAGCAAUGUAGCCAGUGUUUAAUG